AGGAGGGAGGAGGAGGAGGAGAAGAAGAAGCGAGAGAUCCCCACAGACCCGGCACAGAGACGGGUCCGGGAGCUUGCCAUGCUGAGCAAACAGCUGCAGCAGGUUCACCCCAACGUCCUGGCCAAAGUGCUCAAGCAGGGAACCGUGUACCAAAACGAGGAGAUUGUGGUGAUCAACAAACCCUAUGGCCUUCCCGUGCACGGCGGCCCCGGGAUCAAGAAUUGUAUUGCUGAUGUGCUGCCGAUUUUGGCCAAGAUGUUGCAGAACAUGAAAGCCGAACCCCUGCACCUCUGCCACCGGCUGGACAAAGAGACCACGGGUGUGAUGGUGCUGGCACGGAGCAAGGAGGCAGCGGAGAGGAUCCGGCUUCUCUUCAAAACUCGUCAGGUGGAGAAGAUCUACUGGGCAAUUAGCCUGGGGGACCCAGACCCCGCUGAGGGCAUCGUGGAGAUCCCCAUCGUGGAGAAGGAGGUGCAGAGCCACCAGUCGCACUACAAGAUGACAUUGGCCCCAAACUAUCGCCUGUCUCCAGAGGAUGGAAAGGUGGUGAAAAUCCGCAAAAACCGCAAUGCUGAAAGCGCCGUGACACGGUACCGUCUUCUGGCUAGCUCUUCUGCCUGCUCUCUGCUGGAGCUCCAGCCCAUCACAGGGGUGAAGCACCAGAUCCGCGUUCACCUGGCCUAUGGCUUGGGAUGCCCCAUCCUGGGGGAUCACAAAUAUUCACACUGGAGCAAGCUGGCACCCCAGAAGCUUCCUGAAAUCACCUUGAAGAGGCUGAAGCUGGAGCAGAGCAAGGCUCGCCACCUCCCCCUCCACCUCCACGCCCACCGGCUCUCCCUGCCCCUGGGCGAGCGGUUAGACCUCGUCUGCAAGCCACCCCUCUUCUUUGAAAAGACUCUGAAGAAGCUGAGGCUGGAUGUACCUGACGACUAAUGAGGCAGGACAGGAGCGGUACCGC